UUUAGUUUUACGUGAUUUUUUUUUUUAUACAUUAGUUUUACGUGAUUAAUGUUUCAUUAAAAAUAUUUUUGUUAUUAUUUAAAACUAAUAUAUUCCCCCAAGAGUAGAUCUAGCUUUAAUAAUUCCAAAUAAAUUAAAUACAUGCAGCAUUAAGGUAGGAAAAGCUUCUCUAGUCCACAACUUUCCUUCAUUCAUUAUUUUUCCGGGGAAUCAAUCCUUUAGGCAUUAGUUUUAUGCAAUGGUGUUGUUAUUAGAACGAGUUAGUAACAAAUAAUAAAAUUGUGUGUUGUGGGGGGAAUAUAUAUAUAUGUGAUGGAAGGUCGCCGGAGGAUAACGCUACAUGAACAAAUGUCAGCUUCCGAUAACAGCCGAGCCCGAGAGCUAGCCGGCUUGACCCUUGACGACGUGUUAGGGAACCAGAAGAAGUUUUCAUCAACGCCACCCAGCCAACAACUUCCCAAGAGCCGAACCCUACUUGACAUCAUCAAAGAAGACGAGAGCAACAAGAAGGACCGCAGAUCUUGGAAAGCCUUCAAGGACAAGCUUCGGCUGAAGCGCGCAGGCUCAGCUUGGACAUCGUCAAUUCAUAUCCCGACCUCGGAUGUCCCUAUCCCUAACCCGAAUAGCCGAACCUUCACCCAGUUUGGUCGCCGCAACUCGGUCCGAUCCCCGACUCAGACUCAGACUCACUCCGACUCGGACAUGUCAACUCCCUACAAUGCUCACCAAGUCGAAGACCUCGACCCCGCCGACGACGACUCCGGUUCUCCGACCACCGGGCCUCCCGCCGUCCGCCCCCAAUUCAGCCGCCACGGCUCCACCCGCUUUGCCGGCGACGCCUCCGGCGACAACACCGCCGGCACGCUCCGGCCGCAGCUCUCGCGGCGGAACUCCACCAACAUUUCGUCGGAGCCCUACAAGCGGGGCCGCGUGGUGACGUUCCGGGACAGCUUUGACGACGAAGAGGCCGACGGCGAGGACGGCAAGAAGCCCGGGGAGGGGAGGGCGCUGUCGGCGAGGGAGGCGGUGGCAGCGCAGGAGGCGGCGGAGGCGGCGGCGCAGGAAGCGGAGGCGGCGGAGCAGGCGCCGGUGACGAUGUCCCUGAUGGACUUGCUGGAGGAAACUGACAGGGAGAUGGGGCUCGAAGGAUCGAGGUAUAUAUUGAGUGAUGAUGAGGACUUUGAUGAGGAUGAAGACGAAGAUGAUGAUGGCGGAGAGGGUUCUAUGGAGCACACUUGCUGUGUUUGCAUGGUGAAGCAUAAGGCUGCUGCUUUUAUACCUUGUGGCCACACUUUCUGCAGGAUGUGCUCAAGGGAGCUUAUGGUUAGUAGGGGAAAUUGCCCUCUCUGCAACAAUUUCAUUUUGGAGAUUCUUGACAUUUUCUGAGUUUUUUUUCUAUUUUAAAAACAUUCUGGGAAUUUGUUGUUGUUUUUAUUAUUUUUUUUUUAACUUUUUUAAAAAUAAAAUUUCUGAUUUAUUGUUA